AUGAAAUUUUAUUUAUUUUUUUCAAUUUCAUUAUUUUUAUUAUUAUCUCAAUUCUUUCCUUUUGUUUAUUCUGUAAUUGACAAUGGAAUUUUAGGAGAACCUUAUGUUGAUUGUGGAGGGAAUUAUAUUGAAGUGCGUUUUGAUACUCGAAAUACAUUUCGGGGAAUUGUUUUUGUCGAAGAUCAUUUAAAUGACCCUCAAUGUCGAUCUAGUCCAACAAUUGAUGAUGAAACUAAUGGAAGGGAAAUUGGCCAAAGAAAUGCUCAAAUUAAAUUAAAUUUUUUUUCUUGUGGAAUUAAUUUUACAAAAUAUGAUAAUCCAAAAGGAGUAUUUUUAAGUGCUAAAAUUGUUCUUGCUUUUCAUCCACAAUAUUUAAGUAAAAUAGAUCGUUUAUAUGAACUUAAAUGUUUUUAUAUGGAAAUGGAACAUCAAUUAGAAAAUGAAUUAAAUAUACAGAUGGGUCCACCAACAAUGCAUACUAAACAAGUCCCUAUGCCUGUAUGUCGUUAUGAGGUCCUUGCUGGGGGUCCACAAGGCCCUCCUGUUCUUUUUGCAACAAUUGGACAAAUGGUUUAUCAUAAAUGGACAUGUGAAUCGAGUGAAGAAAACCAGUUUUGUAUGAUUGUUCAUUCUUGUAUUGUUGAUGAUGGACAUGGAGAUCGUGUUGAAUUAAUUGAUGAACAAGGAUGUGCUAAAGACAAACAUUUACUACAAAAUUUAGAUUAUAUUUCUGAUUUAAUGGUUGGAAAAGAAGCACACGUUUAUAAAUAUGCUGACCGUGAAAGAUUGUUUUUUGAUUGUAAAAUUGUUUUGAGUAUUAAAGAACCUGGAACUGAAUUUUGUCCAGUUCCUGAAUGUCCAGAUCCUCCAAGAAAACGUCGACAUUUAAAGGAAAAAGAGAAAAAUAAUUUAAUUUUAAAACACAGAAAAGAAAAAAUUGAAGAAAUUUGUGAAAAUUCGAAUAUAUUUAUUUAUUCUACUUUAAUUCCGUUAGAUUUGGCUUUGAUAAUUGUUGCUAUUUUAUUAAUACGUGAUGGAUUUAAACAAUUUAAUUUGUAAAAAUAUUUAGAGAGACCCCUAAUAAUUUUUAAAUAAAAACAAUUGUAAUAAUUAUAAGAAAAAAUAUUUAUUUUUGAUUAUUAUUAUGUCUAGAAAAUACUUUAAAAAGAAAAAAAGAAAAGAUUUUUUUAUAUUUUUUGCUUCUGACAGCCGUAGGCAAAUAAAUAAUGAACUUACCUUCUUCUCUAUAAAAGACCGCCCAAUGAAAAAAAAAAUUGAAAAAAAGGUGGCAAAUGUUAUAAAUAAAUAUAAAGAGAGAGGAGGAAUAAAAGGAGGAUGACACUUCAAAAAAGCUUUGAAAAUAAGUGUGUGUUUCUCUUAAAUAAUUCAUUAGGGAGUUGUUGUUGUUAGCCAGUCUUUCAUUCU